UGUGUGGCAUCACUCCUCUCAACACCAAGAUAGUUGGCGGUGAAGACGCUCCAGUUGGAAGUUGGCCCUGGCAGGUUAGUCUGCAGGGAUUUGGCAGCCAUGUUUGUGGUGGUUCCCUCAUCAACAGAGAGUGGGUGAUGUCUGCUGCUCACUGCUUCUUCAGUACCAGUACGUCAGGGCAGAUUUCUCUCGGCCGUCAGAACCUACAGGGCAACAACCCCAACGAAGUGUCCAGAACCGUUGCCAGAAUCAUUUUGCAUCCAAACUAUGACAGGGACACCAGCAACAAUGACAUUGCUCUGCUCAAACUCUCCUCACCAGUCAAAUUCACAGACUACAUCAGACCUGUGUGUCUGGCAGCCAGUGACAGUGUGUUCAACAACGGUACUGAUAGCUGGGUCACUGGUUGGGGCGCAGUAGAGGAGGGAGUGUCAUUGCCGUUCCCUGAAACCCUUCAAGAAGUGGAGGUGCCAGUUCUGGGAAACAGACAGUGUAACUGUCUCAAUGGAGUCGGUACAGUCACAGACAACAUGAUCUGUGCUGGUGUUCUGGCAGGAGGCAAAGACUCUUGUCAGGGUGACUCAGGAGGUCCAAUGGUGAACCAGCAGGGCUCCGUCUGGGUCCAGUCUGGAAUUGUUAGUUUUGGUUUUGGCUGUGCUCGGCCCAAUCUGCCGGGAGUCUACUCCAGAGUGUCCAGUUACCAGUCCUGGAUCAACUCCCACAUCAGCUCUGAUAAGCCAGGCUUUGUCCAGUUCACCUCCAGUGGGCUGGAUGCUGACAGCAGCUACACCUGUCCUGGUCUGCCACCUCCUGUUAUUACUGCUACUACUACUACUGCUACUGGUACUGGAGGACCAGCUACAACUACAGAACCAGGAUCCACAACAUCUAGUGCUGAAUUGUGUGGCAUCACUCCUCUGAACACCAAGAUAGUUGGCGGUGAAGACGCUCCAGUUGGAAGUUGGCCCUGGCAGGUUAGUCUGCAGGGAUUUGGCAGCCAUGUUUGUGGUGGUUCCCUCAUCAACAGAGAGUGGGUGAUGUCUGCUGCUCACUGCUUCUUCAGUACCAGUACGUCAGGAUGGCAGAUUUCUCUCGGCCGUCAGAACCUACAGGGCAACAACCCCAACGAAGUGUCCAGAACCGUUGCCAGAAUCAUUUUGCAUCCAAACUAUGACAGGGACACCAGCAACAAUGACAUUGCUCUGCUCAAACUCUCCUCACCAGUCAAAUUCACAGACUACAUCAGACCUGUGUGUCUGGCAGCCAGUGACAGUGUGUUCAACAACGGUACUGAUAGCUGGGUCACUGGUUGGGGCGCAGUAGAGGAGGGAGUGUCAUUGCCGUUCCCUGAAACCCUUCAAGAAGUGGAGGUGCCAGUUCUGGGAAACAGACAGUGUAACUGUCUCAAUGGAGUCGGUACAGUCACAGACAACAUGAUCUGUGCUGGUGUUCUGGCAGGAGGCAAAGACUCUUGUCAGGGUGACUCAGGAGGUCCAAUGGUGAACCAGCAGGGCUCCGUCUGGGUCCAGUCUGGAAUUGUUAGUUUUGGUUUUGGCUGUGCUCGGCCCAAUCUGCCGGGAGUCUACUCCAGAGUGUCCAGUUACCAGUCCUGGAUCAACUCCCACAUCAGCUCUGAUAAGCCAGGCUUUGUCCAGUUCACCUCCAGUGGGCUGGAUGCUGACAGCAGCUACACCUGUCCUGGUCUGCCACCUCCUGUUAUUACUGCUACUACUACUACUGCUACUGGUACUGGAGGACCAGCUACAACUACAGAACCAGGAUCCACAACAUCUAGUGCUGAAUUGUGUGGCAUCACUCCUCUGAACACCAAGAUAGUUGGCGGUGAAGACGCUCCAGUUGGAAGUUGGCCCUGGCAGGUUAGUCUGCAGGGAUUUGGCAGCCAUGUUUGUGGUGGUUCCCUCAUCAACAGAGAGUGGGUGAUGUCUGCUGCUCACUGCUUCUUCAGUACCAGUACGUCAGGAUGGCAGAUUUCUCUCGGCCGUCAGAACCUACAGGGCAACAACCCCAACGAAGUGUCCAGAACCGUUGCCAGAAUCAUUUUGCAUCCAAACUAUGACAGGGACACCAGCAACAAUGACAUUGCUCUGCUCAAACUCUCCUCACCAGUCAAAUUCACAGACUACAUCAGACCUGUGUGUCUGGCAGCCAGUGACAGUGUGUUCAACAACGGUACUGAUAGCUGGGUCACUGGUUGGGGCGCAGUAGAGGAGGGAGUGUCAUUGCCGUUCCCUGAAACCCUUCAAGAAGUGGAGGUGCCAGUUCUGGGAAACAGACAGUGUAACUGUCUCAAUGGAGUCGGUACAGUCACAGACAACAUGAUCUGUGCUGGUGUUCUGGCAGGAGGCAAAGACUCUUGUCAGGGUGACUCAGGAGGUCCAAUGGUGAACCAGCAGGGCUCCGUCUGGGUCCAGUCUGGAAUUGUUAGUUUUGGUUUUGGCUGUGCUCGGCCCAAUCUGCCGGGAGUCUACUCCAGAGUGUCCAGUUACCAGUCCUGGAUCAACUCCCACAUCAGCUGUGAUAAGCCAGGCUUUGUCCAGUUCACCUCCAGUGGGCUGGAUGCUGACAGCAGCUACACCUGUCCUGGUCUGCCACCUCCUGUUAUUACUGCUACUACUACUACUGCUACUGGUACUGGAGGACCAGCUACAACUACAGAACCAGGAUCCACAACAUCUAGUGCUGAAUUGUGUGGCAUCACUCCUCUCAACACCAAGAUAGUUGGCGGUGAAGACGCUCCAGUUGGAAGUUGGCCCUGGCAGGUUAGUCUGCAGGGAUUUGGCAGCCAUGUUUGUGGUGGUUCCCUCAUCAACAGAGAGUGGGUGAUGUCUGCUGCUCACUGCUUCUUCAGUACCAGUACGUCAGGAUGGCAGAUUUCUCUCGGCCGUCAGAACCUACAGGGCAACAACCCCAACGAAGUGUCCAGAACCGUUGCCAGAAUCAUUUUGCAUCCAAACUAUGACAGGGACACCAGCAACAAUGACAUUGCUCUGCUCAAACUCUCCUCACCAGUCAAAUUCACAGACUACAUCAGACCUGUGUGUCUGGCAGCCAGUGACAGUGUGUUCAACAACGGUACUGAUAGCUGGGUCACUGGUUGGGGCGCAGUAGAGGAGGGAGUGUCAUUGCCGUUCUCUGAAACCCUUCAAGAAGUGGAGGUGCCAGUUCUGGGAAACAGACAGUGUAACUGUCUCAAUGGUGGUACAGUCACAGACAACAUGAUCUGUGCUGGUGUUCUGGCAGGAGGCAAAGACUCUUGUCAGGGUGACUCAGGAGGUCCAAUGGUGAACCAGCAGGGCUCCGUCUGGGUCCAGUCUGGAAUUGUUAGUUUUGGUUUUGCUGUGCUCGGCCCAAUCUGCCGGGAGUCUACUUCCAGAGUGUCCAGUUACCAGUCCUGGAUCAACUCCCACAUCAGCUCUGAUAAGCCAGGCUUUGUCCAGUUCACCUCCAGUGGGCUGGAUGCUGACAGCAGCUACACCUGUCCUG